GGGCCGCAGCCAUGCGUCCGUCAACCAGGACCGAUCUCACCGAUCCUCUGACCAGCUGCUCCUGGCCGUCCCUUGGUCGAGACUAAAGUGUAAAGCAGGUGUUAUGGAUCUACAGUGUCCCCGUUGCUGGAGAGUUGCCCUGCUGCUUCUCUUGAUGCCAUGUGGGCGCCCGUGCAUGUCAGUGCACAUCCUCAACGAGGAGCCGGUGCACGUGAUCCCCGGCUCCGGUCUGGUUCUGAGAGCCCGGAUUGAGCAGGGGCCCCUGGAAGAGGUCUCCGUGGUAACCUGGGAACGUGAGCCCGAAACUGGGAUCGCCCCCACGAGCGUGACGCUGGCCACGUGCCCUGGCGAGAGCCUAGAGUGUGCUGGUACGACGCCAAACGUCCGCGCGAACGUGGGGCAGCAGGAGACGAGCCUUCAGAUUGAUGGGUACAGCGGAGCGGACGGCGGCGUGUACGCGGUGACUGUGACAGAUCACACCGGAGCCACGACCACCGCUCACUGCAUAGUCAGGGAAUACGAGGCGGUGCACCACGUCUCCGUCAGCAUCAACGUGUCUCACUCCUCGCUGGUCUGCGGCGAGGCCUGGGGGACGGAGCCACACUUCAGCUGGCUGCACGAGAGAGCGGCCAUCGCCACGGCCGUGGGAAAAGUCUCCAAGGAUGGAACGACACUGUCGGUGACCAUGACCCCCAUUUGUGGCCACUUCACCUGUAUGGUUAGCAACAAACUGGGCUACAGCUCAGCCACCUACACUGCAGCACCUUGUGAGGCAGAAGGCGGAGGGACGACGGCGGCUGUUGUGUGCCUCGCUCUCCUGCUGCUGUUUGGAGGAUUGCUGGCAUUUCUGCUGUGGCGGAGACACAGGCACAAUAACAGAGGAGGGAGUCUGCAUGAACCUUUGGAAGACUCCAUCUGAGAAAGGGAGAGGCCCAAAAAGAGAAGGAGCCCCAUAGAAGAGAGCAGGAAAUGGACUGAACUAUGAGGGUGGAUCUUCCUGUCCCCUGAGCAAUAUGACCUCACACUGCAGCAGAACAAUGUGAAGAGUGAACUGCUUACUGACAGAUCAAAAACAAAAUAUCUAAAAUACAACUUGAAGUACAGCACCAGCAGUGUCUUUACGCUGCCUCCUGCUGGGCUGCAUCCGACAAAUGUAAUGAGAAGCAAAAGUCAUGAUGAUUUUUGUAAGUUUUCUAUGCUUUUUUAUGUAAAUGUACUGUAUUGUUGUUCAUAAUAAAGCCUUUUUCACAAAAUGUGA